UAUUUAGUUUGGUCACAUGACCAAGUAUGGCGGAGAGUGACGAAAGUCCCUCCCCUUCAGAAAAUUCGCAAGAUCCUAGUAUUGGUCCACGAAUUGUGACAAUUACAAAGUCUGAAACAGGUUUUGGAUUUAAUGUUAGAGGUCAAGUGAGUGAAGGCGGGGUUCUAAAGUCGAUAAACGGCGUGCUAUAUGCCCCACUUCAACAUGUCAGUGCUGUUUUGGAAGGGGGAGCAGCUCAAAGAGCUGGAAUCCGGAAAGGAGACAGAAUUUUAGAAGUGAAUCAAGUGAAUGUUGAAGGAGCAACACAUAAACAAGUUGUUGACCUGAUUAAGUCUGGUGGAGAUACACUAACGUUAACAGUAAUAUCAGUGCCAGAUCAGAUAGCGGACCGACUGGAACCAAGCGAUGAUUCCUCAGGACCGUCAUACAUAGAUUACUCAGAGAGAAGGUCAUUGCCAAUCUCCAUACCUGACUAUCAGGCUGUGCAACAGAAUGGGGAGAAAUUUGUGGUCUAUAAUAUCUAUAUGGCUGGGCGCCAUUUGUGUUCAAGACGUUACAGUGAAUUUGACACUCUUCAUUCGAGAUUAAAAAGAGAGUUUCCAGACUUCUCUUUUCCAAAGAUGCCGGGUAAAAAGUUGUUCACAUUAACAGAGCAGCAGCUGGAUGCACGGAGAAGAGGUCUUGAGCAAUACCUAGAAAAAGCAUGUGCUGUCCGGGUGAUAGGAGAAUGUGAUAUUAUGCAGGAAUUUUUAGCUGCAAAUGAAUCUGAGCAGGACUCAGCCAAUAAUGAAGUUGAAUUGAAGGUUUUAUUACCGGACAGAACUAUUUGUGUAGUAACCAUUCAUAGGAAUGACACUACAGAUACUGUAUAUAAUGCUGUUGUUGAUAAAGUUAACCUCUCUACUGGUGCUGCAGAGUGCUUCUAUUUAUUUGAAACUGUUGAAUAUAAUUUUGAACGUAAAUUACAGCGGAAUGAAUUCCCUCACAAUAUAUACAUACAGAAUUACAGUACUGCUACAGCCACAUGUAUCACCUUGAAGAAAUGGAUCUUCUCAAUAACCAGAGAAAACUUCCUAAACUCUGACCCUAUUGCUGUAAAUUUCCUCUGUGGUCAGGCUGUUGAGGAGGUGAACAGAGGCCAUAUCAAAACUGAAGAUAAAUUGUAUGAACUGAAAUCACUACAUGAUGCAAGUAAAAAGAUAGAGUAUGUGAAAACGGCGAGAUACCUGGAAGGUUACUGCGAAGUACAGUUCCCACAUUGUCCUUGUGACUCGAGAAAGGAAGGACAUGUUAUAGCAAUUGUAGGUAGAUCAAGCUUCAAGCUGCAGGCGUGUAAAACUGAUGGAACUCCUGAGUCUCAAGUGAUAGAGUUCCAGUGGAAGGAUAUACAGGGUUAUGAUGUGGAGGAAGAGGGUAUGGCAUUUACACUGGAAUAUAACCGACCAGGCAAGAAACCUCGAAUUGUACAAAUUCUUACACAAUAUUUUGUUUACAUGAAAGAAUGUUUUGACAAAAUCUUUGAAGAAAUUGAGUGGGAAAAAGAGGAGGGCAUGGAUGUUUGAGAAUAAUGUUGUGUAGGAUAUAUCAAGUAAAACCUUCCCAGACAGCAGCAAUACCCUACUGCUUACAACUGAUGUGAUCAGACCUGAUGAUGGUCUUUCAGCAUCAUCAAAACCAUAAAAAAAAUUAGCAGCUUGGUACCUCACCCCGAGUUGUUACAACCUGUGCACCAUUGUGUUCCAAAACUGGAUAUUUGUUACCCUUGCAAUGUAAAUGUUGUGCAUGCUUGAAAUCUCCGUAUUCUGAAGACCUUCACAAAGGAGAAACGAUGAUUCAGGCCGGUUUAAUAUUCGCAUAAGUGGUAGAUUUUUCACCAUCAAAGUAAUUAAUGUCCCAAGUUUUCACAAGGACUUACUUUUGUGAAAUAAUUAGAAGUGUAAAAUUAGUGAAAAAUAAUCCCCUUCAAGCUUUUCUGACUUUACAGUACUGUACAUCUCAGAACAAAUGUUCCUGAAAAUUUAAGUUUACCUUGUGUAUUUUUUAUGCUGUUUAUUUUCCAAUUAAUGACCCAAAGGGGUGUUACAUUUUUCAUAAGGGGGUAUAGGUUGGGUUUAAUAAGGUAUUAUAAAAAUAAGAUAUAUACUAUCAAUCUAACUUCUAUUGAAUGAAUUUAACAGUUAUAGGACUUCUGUAGUGAUGGUUUUAGCUUGCCAUAUAAGUUUUUUUUGCAGGGGGUGGGGUAUUAGGGGAAGGGCAUUAAUUAGGGAAUAUACAGUAGUAAAUGAGAGAGAAAAACAAUACACUAUUAAUAUGACUAACAAAAAAUUGUAGCUUUUUAACCAUAACAUUUAUUACUUAUAUAUUAUGACAAAGGCUGUAAGCAUUAGAUUUGAAAAAAGAGUGUACAAUAGUCAAUUUUCUUUAUUAUUCCUGUUUAGGUUUGUAACUGGAAAAUAUGUAUGUAGAAUGUUUUUGUCAAGCUGUAAGUAUAUAUAUAUACUAUGUUCAGUGCGUGUUACAUCAUUUAGGAAAUGUGUUUUCAUAUUUAGGUAUUUUUCAUUAUCUAUCACUUGUCAUCAGUACAUGUUAACAGGAACGUCAAAUGUCGAGUUGUUAUUUGGAAAUAACAUUGUCCAAAUUCUCUAGAAUUUUGUUGUCACAGUAUAGCUGUAUAGUCAAAUUCUUAAAACGCUUGUAGUCUCAACACGAGACUGGACUUUUCAUGAUGUGUGUCAUUAAUUCAUCAAACAUCAUUGCUAGGCAAAACAACUGCCUUCUCAAGUUUCAUAACAGAUUCAUUAGCACUAGGUACAAUUUUGCGCUGUGCUUAGAGAUUGAACUAGCGAACACUUGAUUUAAAGUCUUGAGUUCUUCCUACUAGGCAAGCUAGUUAAGAUAACUUGAAGAAAUUUGGAGUUAAAUUUUAGUAUGGCCAUAUUAAAAUCUUACUUUUGCUCUGUAAGGAAUGCUUGUAUUUGAUUUAAACUGUUACCAGUUCUCUUUCAUUUUUCAGAUGUAAUUUUGUUUGCACUAAUUAAUUUUGUUACGAUUCUAUUAAUAUUUCAUAAAACAGUACUUGGUGUCCUUUAUUUUUUCAAUUGUUUCUUAAUUGAAACUUUUUUAUAAAGUUUCUGUAAAUAAUGUAUCUUCAGGUGCAAGUAUUAACAAAGUUUCUAACAAAUAUUAAUUAGCCGUGCCAUGAGAAAACCAACAUAGUGGGUUUGCGACCAGCAUGGAUCCAGAUCAGCCUGCGCAGUCUGGUCAGGAUCCAUGCUGUUCGCUUUCAGAGCCUAUUUUAAUUGUAGAAACUGUUAGCGAACAGCAUGGAUCCUGACCAGACUGCGCGAAUGCGCAGGCUGGUCUGGAUCCAUGCUGGUCGCAAACCCACUAUGUUGGUUUUCUCAUGGCAUGGCUCAAAUUUUUAUUUUCUAUGUUACUAACUUUGCAGAUUUUUUAUUUGAGACUUUUGUAAUGACAGAUUGCAAAUUUAGUUUUCAGUAUUCUUAUUUAAGAAAAAUUCCUUUAUUUAUCAGUAAAUAUAACAGUAAUUGUGCUAGGCAGUCUUGUUACCAGUUUUUUUGCAAGGUAUUUGUGCUAGGCAGUCCUGGUAAUAGUUAUUGUGCUAGGCAUUUUGAUAUUUAAACACUUUUAGCGCCGGGCGGUGCUAGUCAGUUUUGGUAACAGAUUUAUACUAAGCAAUCUUCAUAGGAGCUUUCGUACUAAGCAGUCUUGACAACAGUAAUUUCUCCAGGCAAUCUUGGUAACAGUUGUAAGGCUGUCUUGACUACAGUUUUUAUGUUAAUUAGUUUUAACAUCAGUUUGUGAGAGGCAUUCUUUAUAACCAUAAUUUCCCCAGGCAGUCUUUGUAACAUAUUUGUGCUUACUCAGUAAAUGCUUUAAAGAGGCUGUCUUUAUUUAUUUUUGUUCUCUCGAGUUAAUCUGGUGUUAGCUAUACAAGAAGAAACAAUUUUCAAAUUUAUAGAAAGGUAUCAUAAUUAUUAAUCUUUUAUGAACUUAUUCAUUGACCUGUAUCUGUAUACAUCAAGAGCAUUAUUUGAUUUAAAUAGAUGAUAUAAGUAUAUAAGUACUUGCCAUGUUGUUGAUACACUUACUGCCAUUUCAUUAUUUAAAUGCAUCAGAUCAAAUUUGUUCUUAAAAGUAAAUACUGUGAAAUCAUUACAUUUUGUGGGUAUUAAAUAUUGUGGUGUAUGCCAAAAAAGACUAUUUGGUGGAGAUACAAAUUCAAUUUUUUCCGAUUAUCUGGAUAAAAAAUGGGAACUUUGCUUGUUCAUUGUGAUUUAAUUUCUUGGAUUGAUGAAACCACAAAAAUUAGUCCGUUAUGACAGUUACUAAUUUCAUAGAGGAUAAAUUAAAAAAGAAAAAACGUACUGUAUACUACUGAAGAAUAAUACUGAAGAGUACUGCAUGUGUAGGUCUGCAUAUGGAAUCAGAAUGUCUGACUGAAUUUUUCACUUCUCAUGUAACAUUGAGGGUAUACAAUAGAACUAUGGUAGACUUAUUUUAAGGUAAAUAUCUUGUAUUGUUGAUCUAUCUGAGAGUAAUAUUUACCUUCGACAUAUCUGUAAUUGUUUAAGAAUUAUGGGUGAAGUCAUUUGAAAAAUUGAUCAGGUUAUUUUCCAAAUAUAUUUGCAGGCCACUAUAAUGAUUAUAAAUGCUCUUUCAAUGAAAAACAAAACAAAACAAUUUAGUGCCAUGAUAGAAUAAGUUUAUGUUGGUGCUAGCAAUAAUUCCUGAGUAGAAAAUGUUUUAUUGUGUACACUGCAAGAAUUAUUGUGUUCAGGCAGUUGUUAAGUCCCUAGGAGAUGACUAUAGAAAAUUUAAAUUGAAGGGUUUUGUGCAUUAUGUUUAUCACAUUUAGGACAUUCUAUAUAUAUACAAGAUACUAUGGUAUACAUAUCCGCAUACUACUUUAAUCAGAAAUUAAUCUUUAUACAGAUGGUUAAAAUAUUCGGAAAGCAUGCAUUUUUGCAAAUUUGUAUUAUAUAGAAAGCUCUGUUAGUAGCAAGACGGGAAAGAGAUUUGGAAAUUUUUAAUCAGUAUAGAUUUAAUAAUAAUUUAGUCUAUAAAUAGCAUGACCAAAUUUCUGCCAAUACAUGUAUAUAGCAAGAACAUGUAAAUUUCUAGUUUAAAUUGAUUACAUGUGUAAUAUCAAGACUUUUUGUGCGUGAGGAAUGAAAGUACAAGAGUAUUUUAGGGGUCUGUAUUUGUUUGACCACCACAUUUAAUCUGCAGCUUUUUACAAGUCAUUUGUCAGUUUUUAUGCACUUUGUAGUAAACAGUAGAAAAAUGUUUCAGUUAUACACCAACUAGAACAGCUAUAUCUGAAUACAUAAAGGUUACACAAAUCUUACUUUAACAUAUGUGUAAUUGUAAAAUUUUAAUAGGAGUUUUCAGUCAAUUUUCUUGUUUUGAACAACUCAAUUUUAAAAUUAUUUGUUGUACUGUUUUAGCAGACGUGUUUUAAUAUGUAAGGAGAUUAUUUACCCACAUGCACACCAUUGCUCAUUGUUUACAAAAUCAGAAGUUUUCAGUGUUUAGAUUUGUGUAGCAAAUGACUUGAUUAAAAUCUAUUGUACAAUUUUUAGCAGAGGCUUGUUUGUUGUGGCAUGCAGAAGAAUUUACUUCAAAUAAUGUAUACACAUAAAAGUAUUGAAAUUGCAUUGUGUCUAUUAUAUACCAUAUUUUCUGUUGAGACAAGUUAUGCAUUUUUCCCCAGUCUUAUCAUUUAGUAAGGUCAUUUUGAAAAACAAAACUUGACAGCUUUGGUUUCUCAGACACUGUUCAGAUCUAAAGUACAAAAUGUAAACUCAUGGAUAUUUAAGUAGUUUAAUUGUUAAUAAAUGUGUUCAACUAUGGUGUUUAACAAAAUUAUUUUUAAACAUCUGAUAUCAUAAAAUUCUUAAGGUUGUUAAAAUAAUUCAGGAAAGUUAUAUAAUUAUGUCAUUUUUCACAAUAAAUUGCUUUUAUAAGUCCAUAUUUCUAAACUUUACAAAAUGAAAACAUUUUUUUUUACAGGGUUGGUGGGAGUGGGUGGGGGGUGGAGAAUAAGUAGCAGUAAUUUCAUCAGCCCCACUUGUUGCAUUCUUUGGGAUUUAGGAUGGAAUCUUCACCAACUAAAAGUGGGUCCGACUUCGAACCACUUGCAUUAAGUUUGUACCCCACUGGUGAACAUAGAAGGUCUCUAUAUGACCUAAAUUGUGUCUGUGUGACAUAAAAUCUAAACAGAACAAACGAAAAACAUGAACAGCUGAAAAUAUUUUCAAUAUUUAGGCUUUGUAUAAUGUUGCAUAGUUGAACUUUUAUUUAUUGACAGAUGUUGUAUUGUAUAUUAGAGUAAUUGAACAUCUUGUACCUUUGUUAUGGUUUAAAAUUGUACAUAGCAUUUAGAUGCAUUAUUUCCCAUUUGUUAUCACUGUUGUUGAAUGGCUUGCCUGAACCAGGGGAACAGGUCGAGCUACAAAUAAAGGUAGAUGGUCUGGCAUCCGCCCUCAGCACUUCACUUUACUUGUCAAGGUCCAGCAUUACAGGUUGAGCUAUAAAUAAAAGGUAGAUGGUCUGGCAUCCCUCCUCGGCAUUUUACUUUAAAAGACUUGUCAAGAUCCUUUGAAUACGUGUUCACCAAACAUAAAAGCAGUCUUGCAGGUACCUUUUUCAAGUUCAUUGGGUCAAGUGGGCGAUUUAAGGCCGUCAUGGCACUUUUGCAUGUUUUUUUUUUCUUGCAUAUAUUCACAUAUUCCAUUUAAUGUUUCACUAGGCAGAGAAAUUUGUUUCGAAAUAUUCUUUGUAUUUCUUAUUACUUAAGGCACUGCAAUUAUUUUGAAGUUGUUGGGUAAUGUAUAUAGAACUAUAUGAUUAUAAAACCGUUGGCAAAUGUGAGAAUUUUAAAGGAAAGGAAAUGAUGGUGUAUGUUGGAAGUUUGCAGCUUUUGUGUGAAUGAAAAAACUCCAUCUGUGAUGGAUAAAACCCAUCUUUUGAAUCUACUGCUGUUAAUUAGGAUGUGUAGCCAGGAAAAAUGUUACGGCUUAAAAUAUCUGAAGAAUUUCAUUAGAAAAUUACAGAAAAAAGUUUUUUGAAUCUGUGUUGUAGUUUCGAAUUUGAUGAUUUCAUUCACAUUUCUAAACGGAAAUUUAUUGGGGUCCGAAAAUUAUUGAAUUGAAUUUUUGAAAGGUGAACUGUUAAUAAGAUUUCAUUUUAUGGAUUUGUGCAACCUAGAAACGUAAAAAUUAAAUCUUAUGAUUUUGUCAGCCCAUCUUUGCUUAACUGACUAAGUUAACUGGGACUUGAAUUUUCAAAAAUUGUAAUAUCUUUAAGUUAAAAUAUUAAUUAAAACCUAUAUAUUUGUAAAACCUUUCAAUUGUUUCCUAAUGUUAAAUAUGUUGUAUACACAUGUUAAAAUUGUUAAGAUACUGUUGUGAUUCUGUAUAAUCAAUAUUUUCAUCAGUCUUGAAAUAUUGUCAUUUGAGCGGGCCUCCUUUACAUCUUAAAACUGAGUUUGUUUGAAAAGCAAAACUGGAGAAGUUUUUGCAGUUUUUUGGCUAAAUGGUUCAGCAAUACCCAUGUAUAUGUAUAUCUCAUUAAGUCCCUAUAUCAUAAAUUACCAAGUGCAUUCAAGAUGACAAACCUAUAUCUUAGGCAGUUCAUUUAUCGCGGAAAUUUUUGUAGCGUAUCUUUUUGAAAACAUCAAAGCACGGCAAAUUUUUAAAUUUGCUUUUCCUGAAAAAUGUCAGUAUUGAUAGGUUUGUCAUGCUGAAUAUAAAAAAAAAAGUACUGUCUAUAGGUACAACAUACUGAAUGGAAAAGUUCAGUGUUUUAGGUUAGCAAUCCUCAAUGAAAAUGAAAGAGUUCAGUGCUUGUGUGUUCUUAUCUUAAAUUGAGAAGUUCAAUGUUAGUAGGUUCUUUAUUUUGCAUUGAGGAGUACAAUGUUUUUAAGUUUGUCAUAUUAACUUCAUGCCAGUAAAAAAUAAGUAUUAGUGUGCUCAAGUUUUGAUUGUGAUGCUUUAGCAUUGAUGCGGUCAAUUUCAUGUGCAUAAAAUAUCUUUUCCCCCCAUGUUUCUACUUUAUAAACAGUAAGGUUAUUAAAUCCAACAUUCAGUGUCGGGAUUCAGCCACCUGACACCCACUGUAUUUUGCUUCUAGAGGCUCUUGGUAAACAGAUAAACCUUACAUAGGGCUUCUUGUGAAAACUGAUUUUAUCUCUAGUUUAGUCAGCUGCAGUGUAGUUUAACCUGUGAAUACUGACAACCUGUGCAUAAUACCACCAGCAAAUAAAGACUACAUCUUGACUUUUCCAAGCAUGGUCUUACAGUACAAGUUAGACCAAUGGAUUCAUCAAUGACCAUCUUUUUCCCCACAUAGAAAUAUGUGUUGAUGAAACUAACUUCCAAGACUGAUGUAACUAAAAAUACAUAUUCUCUUGAUCGUGAUAUUGGGACUGAUGUAGCUUUAAAUAUUCCAUGAUGUAACUCUUAAUUUAUAAACUGUUAAAAAUAAAAAUUUGUAUUGCUGUAACUCUUGAAAGAAGUAACUUAAAACACAUAUUCCGUGAUGUAACUGUGACUUCUUGAAUGAAGUAACUUUAAAUACUUAUUCCAUGAUGAAACUGAAAUUUCUCGACUGAAGUAACUUUUCAAUACAUAUUCUAUGAUGAAAAACUUAUUUCUUAACUAUAACUUUAAAUACAUAUUCCUGUAACUUCUCGACUGAUGUAACUUUUAUAAGGAUCAUAUCAGAGUUGUUGUUAUUGUUAACUAUGUAUUUGUUAAGGACAAUUCAUACUGUGUAUGGCUAUACAUGGAGAUUUGUGUAACUGUUGAUUCUAAAAUAUUAUCUUGUAAUAAAGAUGACUCAUAAAACUCAUCAAA